AUGGCAGUAAAUUCAGAAACUGCAACUCUACAAGUCUUACCAAAAGAGCGCCUCCCCUUCUCCCAUCGUCUCAAUUGUUUCAUCCAACUCUGGCUACUCAAAUCUCUCGCCGCCCUCUACUUCUUCUACCUCCGCCUGGUCAAUCCCCCUAAGUCAAGCACCAAGCCAACUCUGACCAAGCGCUAUGCCAUCCGUCCAAAUCUAGAAGUCCGCAUUUUCUACCCGCGCUCCUACACAGCCAACAGCCAACUCCCACUCUACCUAAACAUCCACGGCGGAGGCUUCGCACUAUGCAACGCCACAGUUGACGACACCUUCUGCAGUGCCUGGGCACAUCGCACAGGAAUGCUAGUCGUCAGCCUCAACUACCGCAAAGCCCCACUCCAUCCAUUCCCAACAGCUACCUUCGACAUCGCCGAAGUAGCCAAAAGCGUGCUAGCAGAUGAUUCUCUCCCAAUUGACCACUCCCGGGUUACAAUCGGUGGGUUCAGCGCAGGCGGCACCCUUGCACUAUCCGCCUCGCAACUCCCUGGUCUAAAAGGCCUCAUCAAAGCGGCGGUCGUAUACUUCCCAAUUGUGGAUUUCGGCCACCCGCCCAACGAAAAGCUGGAUUCGAGACCGUAUAAGGCUGGUCUGGUGAAGGAUUCGUUGGAAAAGACUUCUUGGUGGUUGGAUUGGGGGUAUGUUAGUGUGGGGCAGGAUCGGAGGGAUCCAUUGCUUAGUCCGGUGUAUGCGGGGAGGGGUGAGCUGCUGAGGCUUGAGGCUCAGGAGAUGAUUCAUGGGUUGGCUGGGUUGGGUAGAGUUGGGGUUGAGCAGGAGGAGGACUUUGAGGUUGGAAAGUAUAAGUGGACGCUGGCUAGAGGGUGUCCACAUGCUUUUACUCAUGCGUCGCCAAGGAAGAAGGGUGAUGGUAGAAUUAGGGAGGAAACUGCGCAAAGUAUCUAUGCGCAGGCUCAUGAGUGGUUGAAAAAGUCUCAGAUUCUUUCGUAG